GAGCGCUGCCGCGGCGGCUGUUGGCUCCUUCCCCUUUAAGGGUUAUUUUCCUGUCGGCGGGAAAAAAAAAUCCGGAGGGGUCGGCGGGCGUGGAUCGGAGGAGGUCAGGGGUGUGGUGUCCGAGGAGCUGGCCGGGCUUCGGCGACCGAGCUGUGUUCGGGAUGAGCCGGGCCUGAGCCGGUGGCACGGAGCGGCCUUCCUGGCUGCUCCCGAGAAGCUGCCGCCCAGCUGAAGGGAAUGUUACGGUGGGCGGUGCACCUGGAAGGAGGCCCACGGAGGGUGAACCAUGCUGCAGUGGCCGUCGGGCACAAGGUCUACUCCUUCGGGGGCUACUGCUCGGGCGAGGACUACGAGACACUCCGACAGAUCGACGUGCAUGUCUUUAACGCGGUUUCGCUUCGCUGGAUGAAGCUCCCGCCUUUCCGUUCGGAGCGGAGAGAUCAGUCCCCUCAGGUGCCGUACAUGAGGUACGGCCACACUGCCGUGCUCGUCGAUGAUGCCAUCUACGUCUGGGGCGGAAGGAACGACACUGAAGGAGCAUGCAACGUGUUGUACGCGUUCGACAUCCACUCUCACAGCUGGUCCACCCCAAAGGUUCACGGCCCGAUUCCUGGCGCUCGGGACGGGCACUCUGCCUGCGCUCUGGGCAAGUCCAUGUUCAUCUUCGGAGGCUACGAGCAGCUGGCUGACUGCUUUUCCAAUGAUAUCCACCGUCUCGAUACCGUGACAAUGACGUGGACCCUGGUGAAUGCAAAGGGUAACCCGGCCAGGUGGAGAGACUUCCACUCGGCCACAGUGCUGGGCGGCAGGAUGUAUGUGUUUGGGGGCAGGGCCGACCGAUUCGGGCCCUUCCACUCCAACAACGAGAUCUACUGCAACCGCAUCAAGGUGUUCGACACUGGAGACCAAACCACUGGCUCGACUCACCCACCACCCAGCUGCUGCCCGAAGGGCAGGCGCAGCCACUCGGCGUUUGCCUACAACAGUGAACUGUACAUAUUUGGCGGGUACAACGCACGGCUCGACCGGCACUUCAAUGACCUGUGGAAGUACAAUCCAGAGACGGCGACAUGGAGGAAGGUUGAACCCAAGGGUAAGGGGCCGUGUCCGCGCCGGAGGCAGUGUUGCUGCAUGGUGGGAGACAAAAUCAUCCUCUUCGGAGGCACCAGUCCGUGCCCGGAGCAAGGAAUGGGUGACGAGUUUAACCUGAUGGAUCACUCCGACCUCUACAUCCUGGACUUCAGUCCAAGUCUGAAGACCCUGUGCAAGCUGGCGGUGAUACAGUACAGCUUGGACCAGUCCGCGCUCCCCCACGACAUCAGGUGGGAACUCACAGCGAUGACAACAAACAGCAACAUCAGUCGGCCGAUCUUCUCGUCCCACGGAUAACCCACCCCUCCUGCCCGGUCCGGUGCCAGAGCGGCUCCCCGUGUGCUAUGCCCCAUCUGCUAUGCCCCAUCUGCUGGGAGGGGCGAGGACAGACUUCAUGAUGCCAAACAAGGAGUGGAGGGGAAGGGAGGGGGGCCGUGCGGUGGAAUGUUUCCAGGUCGUGAGAUCGCUCGGCGGACACACAGACAAGUCCUCCCCCCACCUCACCCUCACCGCCCCCACCCUGGGGUCCCAGCAGGCAGCCGGGCCGGAUGUUCUUACCGAAAGGUGCUUGAUGCAGGAUAUACCUCACAUCAGCCUGGGCUCUCUCACUGCCCUGCACAGACCCCCCCAGCCGGGGGCAGAUUUGGGUGGGGGGGGGGUGGGGUGGAAUUUCUCGUUCUCCUGUGGGAGAGACUCCC